AAACCUCCCCUCCACACACACACUCGGAGAGAGAAAGUAGAGAGAGAGAGAGAGAGAGCGAUGGCGGGUCAUCAUCAUUCUUCGUCUCCUUCUUCUUCAUCUUCUUCUUCGAGUCCAUCAAUGCUUUCGUUCAAGUGCGUGCUCGUCCUGACGGCAACGUUCGUGGCCUUGUCGCUGCCGGUGCAGGCGGGUCUUGGCCACGGCGUGGGGAAUUGGGCCAGGGAGCAAGAGGCGGACCGGGUGUACCGGCUCCCCGGUCAACCGGAGGUGAAGUUCAAGCAGUACGCGGGGUACGUGACGGUCAACGCGACGCAUGGGCGAGCCCUGUUCUAUUGGUUCUUCGAAGCCACCGAGAGUCCCCAGGACAAGCCGCUCCUCCUUUGGCUCAAUGGAGGUCCUGGCUGUUCCUCGAUCGGGUACGGCCAAUCAGAGGAAUUAGGACCUUUCUUCCCUCAAAAGGACCAACCAAAUCUGAAGUUCAAUCGUUACACUUGGAACAAAGCUACAAAUCUGCUAUUUUUAGAAUCACCGGUCGGGGUGGGAUUUUCCUACACCAAUACAACUAGCGACAUCGGUCGGCUCGGAGACACCGUUCUUGCUAAGGACUCGUACGUAUUUCUGGCGAACUGGUUUAGAAGAUUCCCACAAUUCAAGUCCCACGACUUCUACAUCGCAGGAGAGAGCUAUGCAGGGCACUAUGUUCCGCAGCUUUCGGAGCUUAUUCUCGACAACAAUAAGAAGGUCUCGAACGAAGACUACAUUAACCUAAAGGGUCUAAUGAUUGGUAACGCGCUGAUGGACGACGACACGGACCAAAGGGGGAUGAUCGACUAUGCGUGGGAUCACGCGGUCAUAUCCGAUCGCCUGUAUCGUGACAUCAAGGCGGCGUGCAAUUUUAGCCAAGAGCAGCUGACCACAAACUGCAACCAGAACCUCAAUAAGUACUUCGCCGUGUAUAAGAUCAUCGACAUGUACAGCUUGUAUGCUCCCAAGUGCGUGAACAGCAACUUCAGCAGCACCUGCCAACGUCCGGUCAUCACCGGUGUCGUGUCGCCCCGAUUGCUCUCCAAACUUGCUGGAUGGCACCAGAGACCGGCGGGUUAUGACCCAUGCGCAUCGGACUACACCGAGAUAUAUUUCAACAGACCGGACGUUCAAGAAGCGCUGCACGCGAACGUCACCAGAAUCCCGUAUAAUUGGACUCACUGCAGCAAUAACAUCACGUUCUGGGGCGAUGCGCCGGCGUCGAUGCUUCCCACGAUCAAGAAGCUCAUACAAGGAGGCCUGCGCGUGUGGGUGUACAGCGGAGACACCGAUGGGAGAAUUCCGGUGACCGCAACAAGAUACACGUUGAGAAAACUUGGCCUUGAUACCGUCCAGGAAUGGACCCCAUGGUACAGCCAUAAACAGGUGGGUGGAUGGACGAUUGAGUAUGAUGGGUUGACCUUUGUGACCGUGAGAGGUGCGGGUCACCAAGUCCCAACUUUUGCUCCCGAGAGGUCUCUCCAAUUGGCCAAGCACUUCUUGGCCAAUAAGAAAUUGCCAUCUGCACCAUUCUAAAAAAAAAAAAGACCUAUCUUUCAAUUUUUGUGUUUUUCGUGGAUUUUAAUUUGGCCUUCUUCUUUUUUUUUUUUUUUUUUUUUUGCUUUUGCUUUUUGCUCAUUUCCUACAUUAGAAGUAAAAAAAAAAAGUCAACGGACUCGAUACAAUGUCAAAGUCAAAGCAGUCGAGAGGAAAGUGCAGCAAUUGUUUGAUUUUGGAAAAUUGCCCCUUUUCCACUUUGUUCAGCAUUGUUUGAUUGUGGCGAUUGGGACCUUGAGGAAUUUGGCAAGCUUGAACGAUUUGAAAUGCUUCCGUGAUAUUCUUUUUUUA